AAGAGUGUAUAUAAGGCUAAAAAGCACAUUUUUGAGCCCAAAACAAAGCUCAUCUGUCUCGGUGCCUCCUGUCUUCAGCACCUUCUAUCCCACCAUGCGCUGGAUCGGUCUACUCCUGGCAGUUCUGGCUUUAGCCUCCAGCUUCCAAACAUCUGAAACCAUCCGCAUUGUCCAACUCCCACCUAACCCUCGUGUUGGGCAAACGGUCAUCCUAAAUUUGGAAGAUGUCCAAUUUCCUACCAUGUGCUUCUGGUUCCGAGGCAAUAAUCAGAGCAAGGAUAGACAGAUCUUGCGCGUUGAAUUUGAUGCAGUCACUCUAAGAGGGCCAGCCUACACAGGACGGGAAGAUGUACGGAGAGGAUGUUCCUUAAUGAUCCGAAAUGUGCAGGCCUCCGAUUCUGGGCCAUACACCGUCUCCUUGAUGGAAUUGCGGGGAGACGCAUUUGAAAGUGCAGUGGGACGCCUGCAAGUUUCCAACUAAAGAUGUUUUGAAGAAACGUCUGUCCAGUUUUGCAUUUUUAUUUUUGGAAUGGAAACAAAGCUGCAAUUCAUCUGCCAUGGGGGAAUCCAAAGAAGGAACAGCUAUUCGGUUUCUCUGUGUUCCCUUCAUCACUCCUUGCCUUCACACACUUACCUAUAACAGCUGACCAUUAAAAUUUCUUUUGGCCAAACAGACAUGUCCCCUAUAAACAGCUUUGUCUGAAACA